AUGGAUGAAAUCAUUCCACAAAAUCUAUUGGUAACAGAUGAAUCUAGUUUUCGGUCAUCAUUAUCUUAUUCGAAUAACAAUAACAACCGACGACUACUGAACAUUUCAUUCUUACCUAAUACGAGUUUCUUUUGUCGAAAAACAUCUCCUACAUAUUUUAAUAUUCAUCGUUUGCCCAAGCAAUCACUUCUUAAACUAGGUGGUAAGAAAGUGACAGAUCAAAUUGUUCCAUGUGUAAGAAGAGCUCAUGGAUCUGGUGCUAUUUUUCCAUUGAGCUCUGCACAACAACGCCUCUGUUCAAUUAAUUAUCAUCAUGAAGGUGGUGUUCACCAUUGGUACAUCAUACCGACAUGUGAGCGGGACGCUUUACAAAAAGCAAUUGGUCAUAAAGAAGUCCCUAUUUGUCUUGACCAUGGACAAUUACUCGUCGAUCCUUCUUUAUUUGCGAAACAUCAUAUUCGUUACCAUCGAGUUACACAACGUCCGAAAGAAUUUGUAGUGUUAGCAGCUGGUACCCUUGUACAAGGUUUUGCGGAAGGUGCUAGUUGGAGCGAGUCAAUCAAUUUUGCAUUACCUGGUUGGAUCGAAGAAGGUUGUGCAAGUGCUGCUACUUUACAGUGCCAAUGCAAUAAUCCAAAUAACUAUUCACCAAAUACAAUUGAUGUUACCAUAUUUACUCACGAUCUUAUCGAAAAAUAUAUUAGUUCUCAUCUCAAUAAUGGCACUGAUGAUAAACCAACGACUUUAGAAGGUUUAUGA